CUUGCCACGACGUACAUGUACUUGCUGCUGUCUCACGGCCUCUUCUCCCAACACUCUUUCAUCACUACCCUCCUCCCCGUGCCUUGCGCACGCAUAGCGUUUCCGCUUCCUUUUGGCAUCUUUGCGUCGUUAUUGUCUACUGUUUGCUGUGAUUCUGGUUUCACCACCGUGUUCAGGCGGCGAUCCGCCGGAGCAGUCACCAUGGCCUUUCAAUCUACCCCGAUGCGUCUCCACCACAUGGCCACCUCCGCCCGCACGACGCCCUCCAUCAUGGCGGCCGCGCUGAGAUCGCCAGCGGGUCGUAAUGCGGCGGCGCGAUCGCAGAGGACAAUGUCGUCCAGCAACCGCACCGGUCAACUCAUACCCUCCUCUGUCUCCCGAUCCCUCUUCACGGCCUCGAGAUAUCGACCAGCGACCUCUCACACCGUCUCAACGACCAGCUUUGUUGGCUUCAACCAGCAGCGCACCUUGUUUGGCAGCAGCUGGGGCUCGCAGACGAGUCAGAACCAUCUUGCACAUUUGGAGCAGAUGGCUAACAGUCAACCCAAUUCCGCUGCUGCUCAGAAUGCUUUCUAUCAGGCUCUUCUCCGUGCCAACAUGCCAGAAAUCCUCGUCGAACGUCAUAAUACUGGAAGAUAUGCUUCGAAUGCAGCAACAGAAGUCGCGUACAACAAGGCAUUGCAAACAUUGGGCGCAGCUUCGGUUGGACAAGGCGGUGUUGCGGGCGCGUUCGGCGCGCAUUCGGCAAAUGGACAGAAUGGCACUACAAGCAGUGAACAAUUGCAGGCGGUUGGACAGGCUGUGUCUGCGAAGUUCAAGGGAGGAAAUGCUUCACUCUCGAUGAAAGGAUCUGGAGGACGAGCUGAGCCGCUCUAUGUCGUCGUAGACGAAAGCCUCGGCAGCCAGAUCUUCAAAUGGGUCAAGUUCUUGCUGGUCUUCGGGUUCGUCGCGUACUGCUCUCUGGUCUUCUUCACGCUCGUUGUCGAAGCGACGGGUGUACUCAAGAAAGUUGGCGGAGCAAGGGACACGCAAGCUAAGCCAGAGCUACAGAAGACUCGUUUCGACGAUGUUCAUGGCUGUGAAGAGGCAAAGGAAGAGCUGCAAGAGCUGGUCGAAUUCUUGAAGGCCCCCGAAUCAUUCGCUACCCUCGGUGGUAAACUGCCAAAGGGUGUUUUACUCGUUGGUCCCCCCGGUACCGGAAAGACGCUCCUGGCUCGCGCUGUGGCAGGGGAGGCUCAAGUUCCCUUCUUCUACAUGUCUGGAUCCGAAUUCGAUGAGGUCUACGUCGGUGUUGGUGCUAAGCGUGUUCGUGACCUCUUCACUGCCGCUCGGUCAAAAAGCCCUGCCAUCAUCUUCAUCGAUGAGCUUGAUGCGAUAGGCAGUAAGCGUCAUGAGCGUGAUGCCGCUUACGCUAAGCAAACCCUCAACCAGCUUCUGACUGAACUGGAUGGAUUUGAUCAGACUUCUGGCGUGAUCAUUAUUGGCGCAACCAAUUUCCCUCAAUCCCUCGAUAAGGCCCUUACUCGCCCUGGACGCUUCGAUCGAAACGUUGUUGUUCCUCUGCCAGACGUGCGUGGUCGAAUCGCCAUCCUCAAGCAUCACUUGAAGAAUAUCAAGACUGACGGAUCUGUCGAUCCGGCCGAAGUUGCAAGAGGAUGUCCUGGCUUUUCUGGCGCUGAACUUGAGAAUGUUGUGAAUCAGGCCGCUGUUCGCGCUUCUAAGCUGAAACAGUCUAAGGUGAGCAUUGCAGAUCUUGUCUGGGCCAAGGACAAAAUUCUCAUGGGUGCGGAACGUCGCUCUGCCGUUAUUCAAGAAAAGGACAAGCUCAUGACCGCAUACCACGAGGGUGGGCACGCACUGGUUUGUAUGCUCACGCAAGCUGCCGUUCCGCUCUACAAAGCCACGAUCAUGCCACGUGGCAAUGCUCUUGGUGUCACGUUCAUGUUGCCAGAGUUGGACAAGGUCAGCGAAUCGAAGAAGGACUUGCUCGCUCGAAUCGAUGUCGCCAUGGGAGGGAAGGUUGCAGAAGAGAUCAUCUAUGGUCCCGAAAAUGUAACGACUGGUGCAUCGAGCGACAUCACCGGAGCCACCAACAUCGCGAAACACAUGGUCAUGCGCGCUGGCAUGAGCGAGGUUCUGGGCAACGUAGACCUCACCGAAGACUACGCAGAGCUGUCAAGCGAGACGAAACAGCAGAUCGAGCAUGAAGUGCGGCGCAUCGUCGAGGAAGGCCGACAGCGUGCCCACAAGCUUUUGACGGAAAACCGAGAAGGUCUCGAUCGUUUAGCCAAGGCAUUGCUGGAGUACGAGACGCUUGAUCGAGAUGAAAUUGAAAGGGUAGUCCGAGGCGAGAAGCUUACGGGAAAGAUCAAGGUCGAAUUCAAUACGCCAGUGAAGUCUCCGGAAGGCAAAGGCACGACACCGGACAUUGGACUCGGGCCUAUACAUCCUCCCGCGCCGGAAGGUGGCGAGGGAGGGCUAGGCGCGCCCCCUGUUGUCGGCGGUGGCGGUGCUGGGAGACCCUAGUAUGAAGGGUGAAGAAUCAUUGAUGGUAUCCAAAUGGUGAAGGAACAAAAAGACUCAGUCAAGCGAUGUUAUCGCCUAGGACCACGUGAGCAGUAUCGCUGCUUACAGGGCAUGCCGCUGCCGAUCGCUCCGCCACGCACGUUCAGCAAUCACCAGUGUGAUCAAUAUGUGCGACGGGCAUGCCGAAACUCUCAUUGAAGCGCGAGAACAGCUGCUCUCUUGAGAUCGAAUCAUUAGGUGGCACAGCGACAGCGAGGAAGCAAGCGAGCAUUUGUACAUUUAGUCUUACGAAUGAAACCAAC